AUGGAUUCGUCGGAUCUGAAGCUCGCCAUAUUUGCAUUUAAAGGACGGGGCACGGAAUAUAUGUCUACUGAAAUAGUUCUAAUGGUACAUGGAAGACGUUUACUUUACUGCCUGUCUAGUCGUCGUACAAUCGUCGUUAUUACUAUCGUUCUAAUUGUGUUCACAUUUGCCUCUGUCUAUUCUAUUCGGCAUUCAUCCGAAGCGAUAAAAUAUUUCUCAGUAACCGAUUUGUUACACACAGAUUUCAAUACAGCAACCAAAAAGCUCAUUCCACGUCUGAUACAUCAAACAUGGCGUAAUCACACAAUACCUGCUCAAUGGCAGGACACAGUUAAUUCAAUACAUGAAUACAAUACUAACAGUAAUAACACAUUCGAAUAUCGUUUAUGGACUAAUCAGAUGAUAAUCAAAUUUAUGAAAGAGAAUUAUUUUCGAUUUUACCAAGAAACAUUUCGAAAAUAUCCAUAUGAAAUACAAAAAAUUGAUGCAUUUCGAUAUUUUCUUAUGUAUCACUUUGGUGGUGUUUAUAUUGACAUGGACAUCGGAUGUAAGAAAGCAUUAUGGCCACUACCACAAUCAAUUGAGCACAAAGCAUCAGGUGUUAACGUAGCUGUUUUCCCCGAAACUCGCCCUUUCGGAGUGUCAAAUGAUUUUCUGAUAUCCACUGUCCGACAUCCACUGUACGAAAAAAUCAUUCAUCAAACCUUAUCUAGAUGGAAAUAUAAUUUUUUAUCGAAUUAUUUAACUGUAAUGGUGACGACCGGGCCAUUGUUUUUAACAUUACAGCUAUAUUUAUAUCCUAAUAAGAGUGAUGGAACUAUCUACAUAUUGGAACAUGCUCUAUAUAAUGGACGAAGUCAGAGUUUCAUACGACAUACACAAGUUCGUUUGACGGCAGUUGAACUAUUUCGAAUUUGA